AUGGACAACGAGACGAGGGAAUGCUCUGCUGGGGACAUCGCUUCAUCCUACAACCCCCCAGUCAUCCUUAUAACCUUUGUCCUGGGAUUCAUUGGGAAUUCAAUCGCUCUGUGGAUCUUCUCUUUCCACGUGAAAUCCUGGACACCCAACACAGUGUAUUCGCUGAACCUGGCCAUCGCGGACACGCUGCUGAUCUGCUGCCUGCCCUUUCGAGCCGACUACUUUGUCCGUGGCAAGGACUGGGUCUUCGGGGACGUUCCCUGCCGCCUGAAAGUGUUCAUGAUCUCUUUAAACCGGAUUUGCAGCAUCAUCUUCUUGAUGGUCAUAGCCAUCGACCGCUAUUUUAAGGUGGUCCACCCUUUCCAUAGACUUAACAAGAUAUCUCCCAAGUGUGCGGCGAAGCUAGCUGGCGUCCUGUGGGUUGUGGCGGUGGCGAUUUGUUCUCACUUGUUGAAGGAACGACACGAUUUUAAGCACCAAAACGUGACCAACUGUGAACCCUUCAAGAUAAAUCACAAACUGGGUCCCACGGCUAUCUGGACAUACACCAUUUUUAUUGUCUUCAAGUUUCUUUUGCCGUUUUCGGUGAUUCUUUUCUCCACCACCCGCAUCGUCUGGAGGUUAAAGCAGAUGAAAGCUGAAAUGAGGGCGAAUUACAAGCGAGCGAUGAAGCUUGUGAUCGCGGUGUCCACUGUCUUUGUACUCUGCUUCCUGCCGACCAACGUCGCCGUGGUCGCCGUCUUAAUCACCAAGCUACGAAGUGCCACGGACUGCAAGUCCUACAUGGUCGCGGUGGACAUCUUCCACAAUACUUUGUUCAUCACGUACUUCAACAGUGUGAUGGACCCAGUCAUUUACUACUUUUCAAGUUCGGCGUUCAAAGAUGCUUUCAAAAAACCUUUUCGUUGUCUCAGUUUAAGUCGCUCGAGAUCAGACCCGGACUUGGAAAAGCAUGAUGCCAAAGUAAAACUGGAUGCGGAUUGA